AAAAUCGCAUGUGAAUGCAAUGCAAUUGCCGCUUCGCAGCUGCACCCCUGCUGCUGCAUGCCUGCCACACACACGCACGUCAGUGGUGUCGACGCCAUAUUAAACGUUUUGCCGGGAAGGUGAACCUUACUUUGAUUCAAUCCUUACUUUGCUGCAGGUACCGUACUACUGUUUUCGUGAUCUUUUACUUUUGGUGGCUCGUAUUGGAGAUAGAGUGACUAAACAUGCUCCCCGUGAGAAAAGCUGCAAGUCUCGGACUGUUGAACAGAAUUCUUUCUACGAGCAAGUCCAGACUCUCACAGCAUGUUGCUCCAGCAAGUUUUACCGCUGUGAAUGAACCAAUCCUUGACUAUGCACCGGGUAGCCCCGAGAGGAAAGCAGUUGAAGAAUCCCUUAAAAGGAGAUGGGGAACUCAAGAGGACAUACCAUGUGUGAUUGGAGGAAAGGAGAUCUUUACUGGAAACACUGAAAAGGAAGUAGCUCCGUUUGAUCAUCAGCAUGUGCUUGCCAAGGUUCACUAUGCAGACAAGAUGGUGAUUGAGACGGCGAUCAAAACGGCGCUGGAGGCCAGGGAGGAGUGGGAUAGGAGACCGUUGCAAGAAAGGGUUGAUAUACUUGUUAAGGCUGCUGACCUGGUGUGUGGGAAAUACAGAGCAGAGCUGGCUGCUAGCUGUAUGAUGGGCCAGGCCAAGACUGUCCUCCAAGCUGAAAUUGAUAUCGUCUGCGAGUUGGCCGACUUCUAUCGCUUCCAUGGCAUGUACGCCCUCGACUGGUUGGAGAAUGCACAGCCCAUCAGCACAUCCGAGUCCACUAACACCAUCCAUUGUCGAGGUCUUGAGGGCUUUGUGGCAGCCAUUGCACCUUUCAACUUCACAGCAAUCGGGGGAAACUUGGCGGGUACUCCGGCGAUGAUGGGUAAUGCUGUGUUAUGGAAACCAAGUCCGAAUGCUGUCUACUCAUCAUACGUUGUCUUCAAUAUCUUAAGAGAAGCCGGAAUCCCAGACGGUGUUAUCAACUUUGUGCCGGCCGAUGGACCUGUGUUUGGGGAUACAGUCACAAGCAGUCCUGAUCUAGCUUGCGUUGCUUUCACCGGAAGUACCGGAACAUUUAAGAGGUUAUGGCAGCAAGUUGGUGACAAUCUGAAUAUCUACAAGACCUUCCCCAAGAUAACUGGAGAAUGCGGGGGCAAAAACUUCCAUCUGGUCCACCCAACAGCCGACGUGGAGUCCGCAGUCAUCGGGACACUUCGUUCUGCUUAUGAAUUUGGAGGUCAGAAGUGCUCAGCCUGCUCAAGAAUCUACAUCCCUCAGAGCAUGUGGCCUGCUUUCAAAGAAGGAUUGGUUGAGAGGCAAAAACAAAUCAAGCUGGGAUCGCCCCUUGAUUUCACAUCAUUCCUCUCUGCAGUCAUUAAUGAACCAGCUUACAAGAAAGUGAAAAGCUAUGUAGACUAUGCAAAAGGUUCACCUAACAUCACAAUUCAUGCUGGUGGAACUUGUGAUGACCGAGUUGGUUACUUUGUUGAGCCUACACUGGUUGAAGUGUCCGAUCCUUCUGACCGUAUCAUGAGAGAGGAGAUCUUUGGCCCUGUCGUAUCGGCUUACGUUUAUCCAGAUGAUAAGUUUGACGACAUCGUAAAAUUCAUUGACUCGACGUCACAUUAUUCCUUGACUGGUGCCCUCUUUGCUGGAGACAGCCAAGUAAUCGAGGAGACCUGCUCCGUCCUUCGUGAAAGUGCUGGUAACUUCUAUGUUAAUGACAAGAGUACUGGGUCAGUCGUAGGUCAACAACCAUUUGGAGGUGCCAGGAUUUCAGGUACAAACGAUAAACCAGGAAGCUCGCUCUAUCCUCUCCGCUUUGUGUCGCCGCUAACUGUCAAGACCACCCACAAUCCCCUGCGAGAAUGGCGCUACGCUCACAUGAAGGAAUAAUCACAAUGUAAUGGACUUUUGAAACUCUUCAGCACUUAAAAACCCUGUGCAGAGGCUCCAUCUUCAAGCAUCUCUUUGUGAGAGAUUCUUCGUUAGGGACCCCUAGCACACUUGAGAUGUGACCAAACAAUGAUGUACACAUCACAGGUAUGCUGCGCUUCCUCCUCUGUAUGCUGUAUGGUUAUAAGGGGUCAUAGUCCCCCUCUCGAUCUAUAUUAACAUCAUCUUUUUCAAUUUAAUAACAAACUUGAAUCCAUUAUUAUAUCAUAUAUUGUAGAUAUACAAACUGAUGUAGAAACUCUUGGGUAGAUUCAUCAUUAAGUUACUCUAUUUGGAUUUCUUUUACAUUUGUUACUAAAUAUUUCCUGAAUAUUUAUAUAACCUGUUUCAGUCUACAAAUCAGUCCCUAAAGGUGGUCCAAAAUAACAAUCUUAAACUUGAAACUCAAUCAUGACUCUUCUUGAAGUUUUCUUCAUCACUUUGUAUAUAACCUAAAUGCAGUAAUUCUUUAUUAUUUUUUUUAAUGUCAAUGUAACAAAAUAUAUUUUACAAAGAGGAAGUUGCAUGAAGAUAAAGAUGCAAACAAGAGAGUGGGAAGGGGUUUGUAGAAUGAUGUCAAAGGAGGAGAUCUCCUGCUGGCAAUGGGAAGGUUGGAGUCUCUGCCUGUGGAUCAUGUAAUGAGAACCAGAGCACCGCUUGGAGUACCCUGGUAAUGCAGCCGGGCUUCAAUCGAUCGAUUUAGCUGUGCAAGCCAUCGCAAGUUUCGUAACUGCCACUCAUCCUUGUGUUUGUAUGGGGAAAUCAUGUGUGAGAUUUGUAAAGGUUUGAUGCAAGUUACAUUUUAUACACAUGAAUCUGCCUAAGUAAAAUCUUAUAGCACCACAGAAUCUGUUCCACUUUGGCAAAAUUUGAUUUAGAAGAUGAAAAUAACACGUUUUUUGCAUCUUUUUUGGUCCGAAAAGUACCCUGAUGUUGAUGAAUAUUUGACUUAUGGAAGGUUGCUGACUUAUUAAGCAGAGUCUACAGGACUAUUCAUUAUUGCAUGUGUGUCUAUCAUACCAAGGAGUUUUCAAUACAUGGAGUAAUUACAAACUUAUUCCCUUUAAAGGAUGUCCAAUGCCGCCAUCAAAAGCUACUAUAUGUCAGGCAUGUGUUCUGUUGAAUUUUAAGGAUGGGUAGACAAAAUAACCUCUUUGAUUGUGUUCAUUAAGAUCAUUUAUAAAAGAAAAUAUACCUUUGUAAUGAUAAUCUUUUGGCUACUACUGGUCUUAUAAUAUGAGCAAUACAGAAUAACAAUGCUAAAACUUUUCUGAAAUAAUAAUAAUUAAUUUUCUGAAAUGUUAACAAUAAUUUGCUCAAAUAUUAAUAAAUUUACUCGACUGGGCAUGUGGGGCACUAAUCUGACAUACAUGUAAAUGAUCAGUAAUAACUAUAUUAUAAUUACCAUAUCGUUAAUUGUUUGCUGGGAUUGAUGAAAAAAAAUGUUAAAAUCUUGAUUUAAUCAUGGUAAAGUCCUUUCCAUUUUCUUUAAUCAAAUUUCUUUCCGCAUUAAGACUUUGGUAUUGAUAUUGUGUCAUUUGCUCAAAUCCAGUUUGUAAUAAAGAUGAAAUUUUCGUAGGGGUAAUAUUUUUCCAGAAAUCGCUUCUUGGUGUUCACCAUGAAGCUGUCGGCUUCGAACUUCAGACGUCAAUGGCAACAAUGCAGCUUUUAAAUUCAGUGUACAAUUUACUGUAUAUGUUUUAAAUGAAAUGGUUUCAGAAUGAUAACAUACGUACAUGUUUUGCAUUGUAUUUAGUGUAAUUAGUUAUCAAUAUAUAUUUUAAACAUUAAAAAGAGUGUAUCAUACAGGAUCUUCCAUUAGAGCUGCGUUAUCUUUAUUUUGGAGAGGAGGAAUCAAAAGAGGAUUGAAUCUUAUUUUUUAAUUAAAAAUAAUCUAUAGCAGUUUUAAAUCAGUCUCUUAAAUCCUACACUUUUCUCUUUCAUUACUUCUGCCGUUAAACACCUGAAUUUUAUUCUUUGAAUCAAGGAAAUUUUUGUGUGUGUGUGUGUGUGUGAGAGAGAGCAAGUAAAAUUCCCUAACGGAUAAAAAUAUAAAGGGCAAUAGUUGUUGAAGUCAGGAGUCAUUUUGAUUAUAAAAUUGGUCUGGUUUACUGCUGAAUAUUACUAAAAAUUUGAAUAAACAGCUCAGUUUUAUUAGUUACAUCUGUAUAGUAUACAGCAUUGUUACGUACAGAAUUUAUGUGUCUGUUGAUGCUUGUAGAUGUAGUACCACUAUUAAGUUUUGUAUUUGUUUUAUUGGUUUUUUUUUAAGUGCUUGCGAUUUGUUAAUGGCAUCUUUCCUACAUGUAGUUAUGGACAUGUAUCAUUCUUUUGGUAACUUCAGUUCAAAAUUGUCAAAAGGGUCCUUGAAAUUAUGAAAGAAUUAUCAUGGAGGCACCGUGGUUCUGACCCUGUUCUCAAAAUCAGAAGGUCAUGGGUUUGGAUCCCAUCAAGACACCCGCAUCCUUUGGGACAAUGUUAAUUUACUCAAUGCCACUCCCCAGCGAGGUGUUAGAAUGGGUAGCUGGUAGGAUGUGAGAGUCCUUGUAUUUGUCCUGCAUUGUGAGUGACUGGCACAUCGACUAGCUGGAAUACUCCUCAGGGAGUGGAGGAUGUGCAUAAAUUGUAUGUGGGCAAAACUGAUUGAAUAAUGUUUGUCAACCUUAGUCUAAUAGACUUAUUUGUGUCCAAGGUCUUGGCAUCCAGAAUGAUAAUUAAAUCUUUAUAUCGUAACAAAUAUUUAUUGAAAUUUUUAAAUAAGAACAUUGAUUUAGAGUUUAUUGAGCUGUUUAAACCAUAGUGUAAAGUCUUUUCCCUAUCAAAAUUGACUUGUGUUGUAACCAUUUACGAGGCUCAGUGUUUACUAACUUUCUCAAUCAUGAUUAUUGAAUAUACAUAUGUUCUCAAUGAACUUUGACCUACAUGUAUUUAUAGCAUGAUUAGUGUUUUGUGUUUGAUGUGGAUUGAUAUUAAGUGGCAUGUCUUGUACUAAGGGCAUCUGCCCCAUGUGCCCAUAGGGGAUGCAAAAAAGGCAAUAUUUAAAGAAAAAAGAAUGAAACUGAAGAAUCCCCUUGGAGAUUUAAUCUCAAAAUAACCAAAGAAGCUGCCAACAAAUACGUUUGAGCUUUGAAGGGGUGUUUGAAUGCUAUAUCCCUUUGUCAAGUAGUCAGAUAUUGGAAGGGACCCAAAUUUUGCACUGGUGCUUUUUAUUGCUAGAUACGCCACUGUUGAUAUAACAUAUCUUUGUAAUAUCAUUGUUUUUUCUGAUUGUUAAUUGGCAUGUAAUUUUGAAUCACUAACACAUCCUCACAUUAUACCGAUUGUCCUAAUUGAAGUCAAUGUUUGGUUGACAGGAUUAGCGAGCUAUUAUUUCAAUAGUGUAAAUUUGUAUCCCACUGCUGCCACCAAAAGUAGAGAAAGAAAUUUGGAACUUACAAUGAACAAUGAAAACCAGUCUAUGAAUAAGCCCGAACUGAACAUGCUGACUAAAAACAUAGUGGAGAAGAUACCUUACAUAAUGGCAUAAGACACAUAGAUUUUACUAGAUUUCAUUUAUUUUGAUGUUCAUGAUGAUUUAUCAGACUUGGAACAUACAUUAAAAAAAUUUUCUGUUAUCAGCUGAAUAUGCUGAAUAAAACAUUGUUCACAAAGAUUCAUUGCGUUUUGGCAUAAUACAUCCAGAUUUUAAUUAAUUUUAAUUCUCAUGGCAUUUGUGAUGAGGGCUGCUGUCAUUCAAAGUUUGAAAGAGUUUUGCCUAAAAUCUCAAACCAGCUAGACUUAAUGUACAUGUGUCUGGCAAACUCCACCAGUUCAUUGCUAACAAAAUUAAUAAAAGCAUGUAAACCAAUUACUUUUUCAGCUGUGUAUAUUGUAGUCUUAUGAAUAUUAACCAUUUCAUGAAAUGCCAGAUCGUUCUUUCAUAAAGCAAUAUUUUUUAAAAUAAUGAUGUAGAAUUAAAAUGUGUGGCUUAGGUCACUGUAAGCCUACAAUGCUAUGUAGGCUAUUUUUGUGCAUAAUUCUGUUCAUGUAUUAAAUCUUACAGAAUUUA